AUGACAAAAUUCAAAGGUAGAUCUAGUUUGAAACAGUAUAUGCCUCUCAAACCUAUAAAACGUAUAAUAAAGAUUUGGGAGCGCUGUGAUGCCAUCACUGGAUAUGCCUAUGAUUUCAACAACUAUAGUGAAAAAAACAAGUCAAAUGACACUAACAAUAGAAUGCUGGGGCAACGAGUAGUUUUGAAAUUGGCUGAUACGAUUCGUGAACCUAAUGUAGUACUUGAUUUUGACAGAUUUUUUACAAGUAUUCAGCUUCUCACAGUUAUAGAAUAUCCUGCUCUUGGUACAUGUAUUAUGAAUCGCAAAAACGUGCCUAAGUUUGAAGGCAAAUUAAAAAGAGGUGAUCAUCAAUUUCGCAGUUGUUCGGAUGGAUUGAUAGCAGCAAGAUGGCAAGAUAGUAAGGAUUUUGUAGUAAUUAGCAACUGUCAUAUACCGAUUGUUGGAGAAAUUACUCCUAAGCAAACAAAUUGA